CGGAAAAUAGAGAACCUUCUCUCUUUCUUUCUUGCCCCCCUGUUUCUUCAUAGGCAUUGAAACUAAUUAUCAUCAUGCAUAGUAGGAAUCAUUGGGGCGGUUCUUUUGAGAUGGCUGAAAGGGAGGCACCCGUGGUGGCGGAGGAUGAGUGGGACAAGGCGGCACUUCAGCCGCAUGAGCAGCAUCACUACGUUGAUGAGACCCAGCAGAGCUGGCUGCUCGGACCACCGGAGACGAAGAAGAAGAAGUACGUGGACUUGGGUUGCAUAGUUUGCAGCCAGAAGGCCUUCAAGUGGACGCUGUGGUCCAUCGCCAUUGCUUUUGUUGUAAUUGCUCUCCCCACCAUCAUCGCCAAGACUCUGCCUAAGCACAAGUCUAAGCCUCCUUCUCCUGACAACCAUACCCUCGCCCUUCACAAGGCCCUCCUCUUCUUCAACGCUCAAAAAUCUGAAACGUUGUUCGCCUUUGCCAGGGAUCCCGGCCGCCGGAGAAGGUACUCCGUCGGAAACUCUUUCAUCGAACCAUAUUACAAUUCCUCCGGGUACUACGACGAGUACAUGUGGGGUGCGGCGUGGCUGUAUUACGCCACCGGCAACAACACCUACAUUUCGCUGGCGACAAACCCAGGAAUUCCGAAGAAUUCCAAGGCCUUUUAUAUGUUUUUGGGGCAGAGAGUGCUGAGUUGGGAUAACAAGUUGCCGGCGGCGAUGCUGCUACUGACAAGGUACCGGAUUUUCUUGAAUCCCGGUUACCCUUAUGAGGAUAUGCUGAGUAUGUACCACAAUGUCACCAUUUUGAAUAUGUGCUCCUACCUUCACGAAUUCAAUGUCUUCAAUUGGACUCGAGGGGGGAUGAUCGAACUCCAAUAUCAGCAGCCACAGCAGCCGCUUCAGUAUGUCGCCAACACCGCCUUCUUGGCCUCCCUAUUUGCUGAUUACUUGAAUGCCACCGGAAUCCCGGGGAUAAACUGCGGUCCGGAUUAUAUCCCCUUGAAUGUUCUCCGGAGCUUUGCGACCUCCCAGAUGGACUACAUUCUGGGGAAAAACCCCAUGAAAAUGAGUUAUGUGGUGGGGUAUGGCAGCCAGUUUCCCAGACAUGUGCACCACCGUGGUGCGUCGAUACCCCAUGACGGUAAGAAGUACUCUUGCACAGGCGGAUACAAGUGGCGUGACACUCCCAAUCCGAAUCCUAACAACAUCACUGGAGCCAUGGUGGGAGGUCCUGAUAGGUUCGACCAGUUCAAAGAUGUGAGGAGCAAUUAUAACUACACUGAGCCAACCUUGGCCGGAAAUGCUGGAUUGGUAGCUGCACUUGCUUCCGUUACUACCACAGGCGGCGUUGGCAUUGACAAGAAUACAAUUUUUUCAGCUGUUCCACCACUAUUCCCACCCAGUCCGCCACCCCCUGCACCUUGGAAACCUUGAACUGCUCUGUUGUCCAAAUAGUUAGACCUUUUUUACAUUGCAAACAUUGUCCUUGAAAUUUUGUUUGUUCUUUAUGCCCUUGUUCAUAUGAAUGGAAUAAAAAUACAUAUCAUUCUUGUAAAACCUUGGUACCAGGCUACUUACAGCUCGCCCUUGAAAAUAGGAA